GUCAUAGUUAUAACUCAAAUCGUUCUGCUGCACGUACAGCAUACUAAAAUAUAUUUUUAAAAUUAUUGUUAAAAUGCCCAAGAAAACUGUGGAAGACGGAUUUGUGAAAGGAGAUUCUAGUAAUCUUCCAAAAGUUACUGCGUUUAUGGUUUUUGAGUUUUUAACGAGGGACGACCGAUUCAAUACGCCUGAAACUCGAAACGUCAAGUUGAGCUUGUCUUCUAGAGAGUCAUAUGGUGAUUCUGCAGUAGGUUAUGUACGUCUUCAGAGGAUGCAUUCCAUGUGUACAGUGAAAGCCGAUAUUUGUCCUGAGCACAGAGUUCGACAAAAAGAUUACACUGUUAUAUUAAAAGUUGAUGAAAAGGCAGAGCAGGUCACCGAAUUACAAUGUUUGGAUUGUGCUGCAUCCACAGGUGGGUGUAAGCAUGCGGUAGCGUUUCUCAUGUGGGUUCACAGAAGAACAGAGGAUAUUUCACCAACAGAAACCACCUGCUACUGGAAAAAAGCUUCUCUGUCAACAGUUGGAACUUCUCUUAAGUAUAUUGUGGCUAGUGAGUUAAUCUCUCAGACAGAAAAGAUCAGCAAAGAUGAUUUGCCUGAUGAUUCAACUUUUCUGAAGGAGCUUUUGAUAGAAGCACAAAAACGAAAUUUAGAUAGUCAGCUAACAAGGCACAAUUUUGAAAUGAAAGACAGAGAAGUGUAUAUGUUGUCAAUGCACUACAUCUUCAACCAAUGUGUGACUGAAGGAUUAUUAUCUGUAUCAGAAGUCACUCAAUUUUCUAAACAACUCCUUCAAGAUAGGCAUGAUUUGUGCAAAAAAGCUGAGCUCGAGACAAGGAAUCAAAGCGAGAAUUUACUGUGGUUUGAACUUAGAUAUGGUAGGAUCACAGCUUCCAAACUAUAUGAAGCUUCUAAAUGCUCGACAGGGGAUGGAAGCUUAUUAAAUCAAAUAAUUGGAGCUUCAAAAAAGUUUGACUCCAAAUUUAUGGAAAGAGGAAGAAAUUUAGAAAGUGACGUUAUAAAAACAGUGGAAAGUGAAAUAGGAAAAAAGAUUGAAAAAAGUGGAUUUAUUAUCAUCCCAGAAUACCCAAUGAUUGGAGCAUCACCUGAUGGGAUUGGAGAUGAUUUUGUGGUUGAAGUCAAGUGCCCUUCCAAAGAAGACUUAAUUAAAAACUAUAUAAAAAAUAAUAAAGUGACUGAAAAAUAUAAAUCCCAAAUAAUGCUACAAAUGUUGGCUGCUGAAAAGAAAAAAGGACUAUUUGUAGUUGCUGAUCCUGAAUAUGAAAAAACUAAAAGUGUCACUAUUAUUAAACUUGAGUUGGAAGAAAAAUUUUUAACUGCUGUUUUGAAACGAGCUAUACAAUUUUGGGAGAAAAACGUGUUUCCUAAAUUAUUGGACACUUUUCAUAAGAAAUGA